AUGACAGCUUUCCCCGAGGGAGGUGUUCAGCCUGAAGGUCGGUUGUAUCGGGUUGACUGCGGCGAUCUCAGCGUCAAAACAAUGGUUACGGAUACGUAUAUUUCCAAUGGGUUAGCUUUUGACCAAGAUGGAAAACACUUGUAUUGGACAGACUCUUUGACGUUCACAUUGUGGAAAUUUGAUUACGAUCACGAAAGCGCAACAUUAUCGAACCGCCAAGCAUGUCUCGAUUACCGCACGCUUUUCCCUGAUGUCGAGAGUCCAGAGCCAGAUGGAUUAGCCAUGACUCGAGGUGGCGACAUUUACCAGGCCGUCUUUAGCACCUCUCAAGUGGUGCAGGUGUCUACAGAUGGAAAGAUGCAUGCUCGAUUCAAGGUGCCUGCAGCACGCGUGUCGUGCGUGUGCGUAGGCGGCAAAGAUGACAAUGAGUUGUUCAUUACUACGGGCCACUUGAAGCUCGAUGAUCCUUCGGCUGAUAUCGAUGCCAACGACAAGUCCGGCGAUCUCGGUGGCUUUCUUUUCCGCUUGAAACUCAAUGAGAAGUUGGGAGGUGCCCCAAAAAAUGUGUGGGGCGGCCUGAUUUAG